AUGGCUGCUUCUGCAGGAUACUCCGAUAUAGUACGUCUAUUGGCGGAUGCGGGAGUAGAUGUCAAUGCUCCUAGCGCAGAUCGAGGAACGGCGCUUGUUUCAGCUGCGCAAAAUGGCCAUGCGGAAACUAUUCGGCUUCUCUUUGAGUUGGGGGUUCCCGAUGGGGAUACCUACGAGAUGAGCAAUGCAAUCAUGGUCGCUGCAAGUAGGGGUCACAUGGAGGUCGUUAAAGUUUUGGUUGAAAUGGGUGCGGCCACAGAUGACUGCAGUACCAUGUCCACAUAUCCUAAUUGCACACCUCUGGAGGUUGCCGCCGUAAAGGGACAUCUGGAUAUGGUUAACCUGUUACUUGAGUUGGGUGCAGACGUGAACUUCACGAAUGACCAGCAGUACGGAACUCCCCUCAUUGCAGCGUGCUGUGGGCGCGAGUCAAGCAUUGCGAUCGCAGAGCUUUUGCUUGAAACUGGGGCAGAUGUCAAUGCGAUGGUAAGUGCUAGUGAGGGCUGCUGCGCACUUGUCGGUGCUUUGAAAUCUGAAGACUACGAGCUUUGUGUGUCUCUCCUCAAUCGUGGUGCGGAUGUGAACGUUGCUUUCAAGUCAUUUAGUACGCCUCUUAUGGCUGCAGUGACCUUCGAUUCUGAGCUCCUCGUGGAGCUGCUUCUCGAUCAUGGAGCUGAUAUAAAUCUCACCGUUGAGCCGUCCGAUGAUGAGAACGAUGAUGGUUGCCUUACAGCUCUCCACACUGCAGCCUAUUACGGAUGCAUAGGACUGGUCCAAAAGUUGGUCGAAAGAGGCGCUAAUCUUUCGGUGGAUAUUGAAGACGCCAAGUUCACGACUGCACUGCAGGUCGCGUCUUUCCAGGGCCAUGUGGACCAAAUUCAACUUUUGAUUGAUGCAGGAAGUGAUGUCAACGAGAUCGGAGGCUCAUACGGCACAGCUCUACAGGCUGCUGCAUUCAACGGUCACCUUGAAGCAGCAGAAGCCCUCAUCAAGGCGGGUGCUGAUGUCAAUAUUUGUUACAUCGGAGACAAUGGAAGCCCAUUGAUGGCGGCGAUUGAAGAGAAUGUGGACCUCCAGGUAAUUCAACUACUCAUCGAACAAGGAGCAGAUGUCAACUUGCCCGUUGGUGGAGACUUCGAAUAUCCGCUCACAGCGGCCUCUUGGCACGGUGCUACGGAUACUAUCCAAACCUUGAUUGAAGCCGGUGCGGACUUGAACAACAAAGGAGGCAAAUACGCAACGGCUCUUCAAGCAGCAGCUUCAAAAGGCGAAGAGGAUGCUUGUACCAUUUUGCUCGAGCACCAAGCGGACCCUAAUAUUGUUGGCGGUAUUCACGGGACAGCCCUGCAGGCUGCGUACUCUUCAGGAUAUUACAAUAUCAUAUGGGCACUUUUCGACGCUGGUGCAUCCGUCAGCCUGGGGGGUGGCGAGCAUGGAACGGCUUUGGGCGCUGCGCUUGCUGGGGCUUGUCAGACUUUAGUUUCGGCACUCCUUCGGCACCACGGCGCCGACCCAAAUGCCCCAAUCCGCCGUUACGGAACUGCAAUUCAGAAAUGCAUCUCAUGCCGGUCAGAUAGUGCAUUAUCCAUCUUGAUUGAUGUGGGGGCAGAUGUAAACGCCCGGGGUGGUGUGUACGGAAACGCGCUUGUAUGUGCUGCUGCGUGGGGAGAAAAGGACACGGUCUUGACCUUGUUGGAUGCCGGCGCUGAUCCCAACCUUGACGGUAAUAACCGCUAUCCUACGGCGGCUUACGGGGCAGUCGAGAGGGGAGACUUUGCUUCAAAUGGUGCUGCCGACUCACUCGUGGAACGCGCCGCACGCAAGGGCAAUUUCUCGAUCUUUUCCUACUUACUCAAGCAAGGCGCCGACCUGAAACCUACCGGUAAGGGAAAAUAUCACGAUGCAUUGCAGGCUGCUAGUAUUGGGGGAAGCAAAGCGAUUGUCAAAGCUAUUCUUCGUCACGGUUUUGACGUUCACACUACUGGAGGAAGAUUUGGCAAUCCGUUAACGGCCGCUGUUCUGUCUGGAAACCUUGAGAUUGCAGAGCUUCUUUUGAAGAAAGGAAUCAACCCCAAUGCAUCAGGUGGCAUUUAUUCCGGUGCCUUGCAGGCGGCAGCUGCCAUCGGUUCCAUUGCUGGCGUUCUUCUCCUGCUCCGAAAUGGUGCCAACAUUCACAAGACUGGAGGAAAAUACUUCACAGUUCUCCAGGCAGCCUCCGUCUCUGGAAACCAUGAUCUCCUUCAGCUUCUUCUUGAACGAGGUGCUGAGGUUAAUGUCUUUGGUGGCCAUUACCAUUCGGCUCUGCAUGCAGCGGCAUUAAGCAGCUGGCCCGGUGCAUGUGAACUCCUGAUGAAGUGUGGAGCGCAGUGGAGCUUGGUGGAUGAUAUACAUCAUUCAGCCCAGUGGAGAACAGACAAUGCUCGUAAAAUUCUACAAGAAUGUCGAGAGCGGCAAGGUCGUGGAUGGCCAGAGGAAGAUUCAGAGAGCGAAUCCUCGGGUGAAGAAUGUGACAUCGAUGAUUUAGAUCUGGAUGGUUCGAGUAAUGAAACAGAUGAGGAGCUGGACGAUGAGGAUAUGAUUUUGAAGUUAAAUGUUGAGGCUAUUCCUUUCUUCGACUUACCUUAUCGUCCCUCCGAGACUUCCUCGGUGGGUGACGGAGGUGAGCAUUCAGAUCAGGAUGCUGGAUCUGACAGUGGUAUCCCUUGCUCUGAACCUAUGGGACAGGAGACAGAGUUUUCUUUGCAAAGGACCAAUACCGAGAGUUGGUCUGCAUUGGAAUGGGUGCAAGUCGAACGUGCAUCGGAUGGUGGGUUGAAAUAG